CUUGUAGUGGUUGGCUUUUGUUCCUUUCAUAUUUAUGUACAAUCAAAUUCAACCAAAUUAGUAAACAUUUUUAGCUACUCAUAAUAAUAAUAAUGGACAAGGGAAAUGGUGUUGAAGCAACAAGAUCUUCCAUUGAAAUGGAAAAUUCAGUAGCUGAUGAGGAAUUGGAAGACAGAGCUUCACUACUACGCAUUGUGGAAACUUUCUUGCGUUUGUUCCCUAUUGCUUUGUGUGUAACAGCUCUUGUCAUUAUGCUUAAGAAUUCUGAGGAAAAUGAGUAUGGUUCUCUUGCUUAUUCUGAUCUUGGUGCUUUCAGGUAUUUGGUGCAUGCCAAUGGUAUUUGUGCAGGAUAUUCACUAUUCUCAGCUGUCAUUGUUGCUGUGCCCCGCCCUUCAACCAUGCCUAAAGCUUGGGCUUUCUUUUUGCUUGACCAGGUGCUAACCUACAUAAUACUGGUUGCUGGAGCUGUAUUAGCACAAGUGUUGUACCUUGCUGAGAAGGGAGUCCCCACAGCAGCAUGGAAUUCAGUUUGUGACUCUUUUGGUUCAUUUUGUCACAAAAUCAAAGCAUCAUUAGUUAUCACAUUUGUUGCUGUUGUUUGCUAUGUUUUGCUUUCACUUAUUUCCUCUUACAGGCUAUUUAGCAAGUAUGAUGCACCAGCACCACUCAACAAACCCAACAAGGACAUUGACAAUGUUGCUGCUUUCAAUGGUUGACCUUAAAAUAGUGUGUUUGUAAUGUGUAAAUCUUAAUCAAAUACUUUUAUGUGCAUGAAGUUGCCUCGAAGCACAAACUUUAAGUGCUUCUGAACCAAAUAACUUCAGUAGCAUGCUUAUGAAUGUCUUCUAAUUUCCAUGUGCAAUGAAUGUGAAUUAUACUAGUUUCUUUUUUA